AUGGACGUGCCUUCGUUGAAGAAAAGUCACCCGCAAAAACAUUAUUUUAAAGCGCUAUGCAAAUUCAUGUUUUAUUUGGGUAUGGGCGAUCUUUGGUAUGAAGAGAGCAGUGCUACUUACAUUAGUAAGAAGGUGUAUACUCUCUGGCAGAUCGUUGCAAAUGGCUACAUCAUAAUUAUACUUUUGGACGAGCUCUCGUCUUACGCCCGUUCUGAUUUGACAGACAGGGAAAAGAAUGACUUGGUUCAAUUCACUUUCGCUCAUCCCUUGAUAUACUGUAAGGUUUUGACUCUUUAUAUCUGGAAAGACCGCAUCAAGGUGGUCAUGGAACGCUUGUUGGAAGGUUCCAGGCCCAUAUUCCAUUCUCUAGAGCUGGAGCGACUGUCUGUCAAGCAAUUUAGCAGGCAUUGUUUCUCACUUAUCGGCGCUUCGUAUGUGACCCUAUGUUCAGCCACUAUUGAAGGAAUUAGGCUGCAUUUUAUUGAAGACAUUCCAAUUCGCACAGAAGUAGUUUACUUUCCCAAUCGUUCAGAGACAGGUUUCUUCAUCAACGUACUCCGGUUCUUCGUGGAGUUUCACUGGUAUUGCAUUGUCGCCAUGAUGGCAACCAUGGACUGUCUUGCCCUUUGCUCUCUUUUGACUGUGGGCCAUAAGUUCAGGGUACUAAGGUUGUAUUUCCGAGAGCUCAGAACCAGGAUUAUGGAGCAUAGAGGAAAGAAAACGCGAGAAGAGCUUAAUGAAGAGUUUAAGAAGGGAUUCGUAGUUGGGAUCAAGUUGCACGUUGAUGCUUUGUGGUGUGCGCGCAAUGUCCAGCAGUCCAUGGGACCUCUGUACAGUAUCCAGGUGAUGGAGAGUGUAGCCUUACUCGUCAUGUGUCUCAUUAAAAUGGUGGUUGCAGAGCGCACAUUCACCUACCUUGUCGCCAACUUUGCGUUCAUUAUGUGUAUGAUAAUCCUCACUGGCUCCUACAUGAUGGCAGCUGGAGACAUCACUCAUGAGGCGUCGGAAGUGGGCACAGCGAUAUUCCACAGCGGUUGGGAGCACUGUGACGGAAGAGCUGAUCUCCGAAGCCUGGCUGUAGUGGCAUUGCAGAUGAGUCAAGUGCCAGUCUACAUGACCGCUUUCGGAGUCAUUACUCUGUCUUACUCCAACUUUAUUUCGCUCGGCAAACGAGCAGGCGGAUUACCUGAUGGUGAGCAAUCAGCGCCGCCCAUGGACACUCGCAACGGAGGAGUUACGAGUGCGUUGCCGACCUUUUAG